AUGAGCAGAGCGGGUUCCAAACCCUGGGAGUACCGGGAGGAGAAACCCCGGAGCCUGGGAAUGCUGCGGGACUCGGGGGAAGGCAGCGGGGAUGAAGAUGAGGAGGAGGAUGAAGAUAAGAUAAAGAUGAGGGGGAGGAUGAGGAUGAAGAAGAUGAGGAUGAAGAAGAAGUUAAGGAUGGGAAUGAGGAUGAUGAGGAAGAAGAGGAGGAGGAUGAAGAUAGAUAAAGAUAAAGAUAAGAUAAAGAGGAGGAGGAGGAUGAAGGUGCAGAAUAUGAUGAAGAAGAAGUUGAGGAUGGGAAUGAGGAUGAUGAGGAAACUGUCCAAGAUCGAGAUCCUGCGCCUGGCCAUCUGCUACAUCUCCUACCUGAACCACGUCCUGGACGUCUGA